AUGCAAGACAACACACUCAAAUUCCACUGCCAGGACUGCGACAUCACUGCCUAUGUAGACUUCACGAACCUGGCCGAGGACAAGUUCCAUUCGGAUCGAAGGUUUACCUGGUGGCACCGAAAGAAGGGACCAAACUCCAAGAGAGGAACUUGCAAACGCUGUCACGAGACUCAUCUGGAAUUCAACGAUUUCGACUCGAAGACCAGAGACCUCCUGCGUGUUAUACGCGACAAAAAGGACGAGAGCUAUGGAGCGUUAAAGAAAUUGUUGAAGAAAGUCGCUCCUGUCGUCCUAGACUUCGAACGCAACAAAUCUCCUGGCGUCAACGAGCACUACUCCGACGGACCCAAGAAAACUCGUGGCGCGAAGCGCGGUAAGUCUGGUCCGCAGCGGGGUAGCGACGCGAAGAAGGGCAUAUAG